AGGUGAAGGAGGAGGUGAAGAGGUCGCCUCAGUACACCGUCCAGCUCCGAGGCUGUGAUGUCACAGCCGGGCCCGACACAGACCACUCCUACAGGAUCACACUGAGCAUGCUCGGUGACCAGGUGGCUGUGCUGGAGGUGAGCAGUUCAGGUGAGAAGGAUCGAUGGUUAAAGCUGCUGAAGGACGGAGCAGCCGUCACACAGGAGCACACAGGUGGAGCUCUGAGUGGUUUACAGACUCGUAGGUUUCCCACCUCCAACACCUACAUGGACGACCCCUUCCAUCUGAGUGGAGACCAGCCCAUCUACUCCAACACCUCCAUACUGGAGCACAUGCUCCACAGCUCUCAGGAUUCAGUCGGCUGCGUCUCGUUGUCGUCCAGAGACUUGAAGACCAACAACAACAACAACAGCGAUGUCUUCAGUGUCCACAACAGGAAGUCGGUGAACAUGGAGCGAGGUGUUCAGAAGCUGGAGCUGACGGGGAAGAGCACGGUGCAGCUGAGGGCGGGGUCAGAGCUCAACCUGGCGUCUGCUGGGAAGCAAAACAAACGCACCUUCAGACAGUCGCUGGCCAUCUGCAGUGAGCGUGCUCAGGCGGGUUUCCUGAACCCUCUGCUGCGACGGACGGCCUCGGCUAAGAACUCUCUGAGACGAGCUCCUUCAGCGCUGUUCAUCGAACACGGGAAGGUUUUCCAGAGGAGGAAGGAAUGGGAAAACAAAGCUGCUGGUUGACAACCGUUCAUCAUCAUCAUCUUCAUCUUCAUCCUCUCAACUGGAGAACCUUCUGAAAUCCAACAUGGACUUGAUUUAAACUAACUGUCUCUUAACAAAACACUGAUCCAGCUUUUAUUCGCUGCAUGAAGCUUUUCUAUCUAAAAGAAUCAAACUGCAUCAACAUAAAUGUCAGAGGAAGACGAGCAGCUGAGUAUUUCACUUUCUGUGACUUUUCACUAAAGUCUACUUCAAAUAUGCAGCUAUGAGAUUAUGUUGGAUUAGUGCCGAGCAACGACCUCAUGUCACCAAAACCAAUGGACGUAAAAGUGCAGCAAGAAUAUACAACAUAGGAUGUAGAACUAGUUUAUUUUUAGACCCUUUUGUUUCUGCUUGUGUCCUUCAGGGUCAUCGUGAAACAGACUUCAACCCCAGACUGUUUAUUAGAAGUAGGCGGAGUCGCCGUGACAUCACCCGCUGGUUUGUCCCUUUUGAAGCCUUGAGUUUGGCAUUUUGUAGUCGUGAUCUUUGUUUUUUACCCGUCCACAUCCUGGCUUUUGGUGUCAACCUGUCAAUCAGUGUGUAGCCCCGCCCUAAAGCAUCCCCUGCUUUAUGGUCUGUUUGACUCUAAAUGGAGCAUCAUUUACUAAAUGAACAUCAUGCUGUAUUGAAGAAGACUUGAAACUAGAGAUUGAGACCAUAAACUCAUGUUUACAAUGUUUACUGAGGGAAUAAAUCAAGAGAGAAGUAGAGUCAUUUUCUCAUAGACUUCUAUACAACCAGAGGAGUCGCCCCCUGGUGGACAGCAGAGAGAAUGCAGGUUUAACACAUGAAGCUUUGACUUUGAAUAAUAAUGAUUUGUAAUCCGACAUAAAGUUGCUGCCUGAUUGCAAAAAAAAUUGAAAUAGGUUUUGUAUAGAACAGGAUAUUUGGUUGGAUUUUUAUGAUUUGUUGUCUUUUAUAUUUGAAAACAGAAGUUCUGCUUCAUCCCUGUUCCAUUUAAAUGUCUUUGUGUGUUUGAUUAUGACCCUCACACACACAUUAAAUCACUCUCACUAAGUUUUCUCUGUGAACAUUUGUUUAUAACCACUAAUCAUUUUACUCCCUUAAAGGAGAAACAAUAUUUAUUUUUUUACUUCCUGUUGUUGGAGCUCUGAACCAGCUGAAGAAAUGAGCCUCAGUCACGUCUUCAGAGACGGAGCUGCUGGGUUUCAUGUCACAUACCGUUUCUGUGUUCACUUCUUUUAUUGUUGUGGAUUUCAGGUCACAUGUUUGUUUUAAUUGUUUCUGUUUUCAUCCCACAUGAUCUCUUUGAUGUAACUGUAUCUUUCUCACAUGAUCGGCACAAAGUCAUUAUAAACACAUGAUUCAUGUUCAUUCACAGGACGGACACUUAUUUUAAUCUUUUUUAUAUUUACUGGAAUUUAUAAUAAUCUCAGAGUUUUUUGUUUUUUACUAAACACUGUAAAAUGAUAUUGUAAUAUUAAAAACUCAA